AAAGCCCAAAACCAUGUAGUAUAUAUAAAGCAUAGAUAUACACUCCCGUAGCAACAAACAAACAAACCGAAUCUCUCAUCCAACCCCUCUCUGUUUCUGAUUCUCUCAAUCGCAGGAAUCAUGGAAGUUGAUAAGGGUACUGGAGAGUAUGAGAUAUCAGAAGAGAGUAGACUGGUGAGGGAGCGACAGGAGAAAACGAUGCAAGACCUCACGAUGAGGAGGCGUGCUGCUGCUCUUGCUAUUCCCACAAAUGACAUGGCAGUGAGGGCCCAUCUUCGCUAUCUGGGUGAGCCAAUUACCCUCUUUAGGGAGAGGGAGAUGGAGAGACGAGACAGGUUGCGGAUGAUUAUGGCAAAGCUGGAUGCUGAUGAUCAGCUGGAAAAGCUAAUGAAAGCUCUUGAGGAUGAAGAGGCCGCAACUUCUACUCCAAAUGACGAGGCUGAGGAUGAUCGGCAGUAUCCUUUUCACAACGAAGGCUCAAAUUCUCUCCUCAAUGCAAGGAUUGAUAUUGCUAAAUAUUCUUUAGUAAGGGCUGCAUUGCGUAUCCAACGUGCCCGGAGAAGAAGAGAUGAUCCGGAUGAAGAUGUGAAUGCGGAGAUGGACUGGACAUUGAAGCAGGCAGGAAAUUUGAAUCUUGAAUUCAGUGAAAUCGGAGAUGUUCGGAAACUUACUGGCUGCUCGUUCUCCCGUGAUGGAAAAGGACUUGCUACCUGUUCUCUAACUGGAGCUACCAAGUUGUGGAGCAUGCCUGAUGUAAAAAAAGUUUCUACCUUCAAGAGGCACACCGAGAGUGCUACUGAUGUUGCAUAUUCUCCUGUGCACAAUAAUCAUUUAGCAACUGCCUCUGCUGACUGGACAAAUGAUCACAAUAAUGAUUCAGCAACUGCCACUAUUAACUGGACAGCAAACUAUUGGAAUGAUCAAGGAUCUCUUUUGAGAACAUUUAAGGGUCAUAGUGAUCGUCUUGCACGCAUUGCCUUCCAUCCAUCAGGGAAGUACUUGGGCACUGCUAGCGAUGACAAGACAUGGAGGUUAUGGGACGUUGAAACGGGAGAGGAGUUACUUCUUCAAGAAGGUCAUAGUAGAGAAGUAUAUAGUUUGGCUUUUCAUCAUGAUGGAUCAUUAGCAGCAUCUUGUGGAAAAGAUGCUCUGGCUCGUGUAUGGGACCUUCGAACUAAGAGAAGUCUUCUAGCACUAGAAGGUCAUGUCAAACCAAUUCGCGGCAUCAGUUUUUCUCCUAAUGGAUAUCAUUUAGCCACUGGUGGUGAAGAUAACACUUGUCGCAUUUGGGACUUGAGGAAAAAUAAAUCCUUGUACACCAUUGCCGCUCACUCUAAAUUAAUAUCGCAAGUCAAAUUUGAGCCACAGGAGGGUUACUUUUUGGUAACUACCUCAUCUGACAUGACAGCCAAGGUUUGGUCAGGCCGGGACUUUAAGCAUGUGAAGACACUAUCAGGGCAUGAAGCUAUAGUUAGUUCUGUGGAUGUUCUUGGAGAUGGUGGGUAUAUUGUUACAGUCUCCCAUGAUCGCACUAUAAAGCUGUGGUCCAGCGGCUCUACCAGUGAGCAUACUAUGGAUGUUGACUAAGGCUAUUUGAAUGAUAUAUGAUCUGUACAAGGACCUUCAUCAUUUUUGUUAGAAACAUAAGCUUAGAUUGAUUCUGUGGCUAGCAUGUGGUAUCACAUAUCUACUAAUUUGAGUGACAUAGGUUAAGAAUGUAAAUAAUUCUUUCUUGCUUUAUGCAGCAUUAGUAAAUUGUCUUUUAUGUGACAUGCAUCA